CUCCCCCAGGCAGGCCCGGGGCAGCCGGACCCAGGGGAACCCCGGGACGCAGAUCGCAGAUCGGGGGCUGAGCCAGAGCUGCGGUCACCCCCGAAGUGAGCCUUCCAUGGAGGAUGCCGGGGAAGACCCGACCACGUUUACUGCCCAGUCUCUGCCCAGUGAUCCCCGGCUCCUGGCCACUGUGACCAAUGCAUACCUGGGCACACGUGUGUAUCAUGACACACUGCAUGUGAGUGGCUUGUACAAUGGGGCUGGGGGUGGCACACACCGAGCCAUUCUGCCCAGCCCCCUCAACGUCAAACUGGAGGCCCCUGCAGAGACAGGAAAGCAGAUGGAGGAGACCUUUGCCCUGGACACCAACACAGGCUCCUUUCUGCACACCCUGGUGAGCUCCAGCUUCCAGGCCUGCCAGCGCAUCUAUGCCCACCGCACGCUGCCCCACAUUCUGGCCUUCAGUGUGUCUGUGGCACGCUUGGAUGCCGGGAGCUCGCCUAUCACGGUGCUGCUGCGUUCAUCCUUCUCCCUAGAAAGCCCAGACCUGGAYUUGCAUCUGGGGCCCGACUUCCAGGGAGUCCGGUACCUGUAUGGCCACACACUCACCCCUGAGCAACCUGGGGGGCCACGACAGGAGGUGCACAUGCUGUGGACACCAGUGCCCCUGACAUUGACCCUGGGGGAACACGAGAAGAACAGGACCUGGGACUUCCUGACUGUGGUGGGCAGCAGCCAGGCAGAGGCCCAGGCCUACCUCCAGGAGGCCCUGCAGCUGCAGGCCAGAGGCUCUCUAUACCCAGCCCAUGCCCAGUCCUGGGCCCAGCUGUGGGCAGGCUGUGGCCUGGAUGUGGUAGGACCACUGCCCCUGCGCCAGGCCCUUCGUGGCUCCCUCUACUACCUGCUCAGUGCCCUGCCCCAACUCGGGGCUUUAGGGUAUGUCUGUCAUGGCCUCAGCCCCGGGGGCCUCUCCAAUGGGAGCCAGGAGGAGUGCUACUGGGGCCACGUCUUCUGGGAUCAGGAUCUCUGGAUGUUCCCCAAUAUCCUGAUAUUCCACCCAGAGGCUGCCAGGGCCAUCCUGGAGUACCGCAUCAGGACACUGAGUGGGGCCCUGGAAAAUGCCCGGAACCUGGGCUACCAGGGAGCCAAGUUUGCUUGGGAGAGUGCAGGCUCUGGCCUGGAGGUCUGCCCUGAGGACAUUUAUGGGGCUCAGGAGAUCCACAUCAAUGGGGCGGUCCUGUUGGCCUUCCAGCUGUACUACUACACCACCCAGGAUCUGCAGCUUUUCCGGGAGGCUGGUGGCUGGGAUGUGGUCAGUGCUGUUGCUGAGUUCUGGUGCAGCCGGGUAGAGUGGAGCUCCAGGGAGAAGCAGUACCACCUGAGAGGAGUCAUGCCCCCUGAUGAGUACCACUCAGGAGUCAACAACUCCACCUACACCAAUGUCCUGGUCCAGACCAGUCUGCACUUUGCAGCUGGUCUGGCCGAGGACCUGGGUCUGCCUGUCCCUAACCAGUGGCUGGUGGUGGCUGAUAAGAUCAAGGUGCCCUUUGACCCGGAGCGGAACUUCCACCCUGAAUUUGAUGGGUAUGAGCCUGGUGAGUGGACUGGACUUCUGCCAAGGGGCCUUCUGCCUGGCCUAAGAGCCGUGCAUCCACCUGAUGGGCCCUCAACAGCAGCAUCUUCCCCAGGAGAGGAAGUGAAGCAGGCUGACGUCGUGCUCCUGGGGUACCCCGUCCCCUUCCCCCUGAGUCCUGACGUCCGCAGGAAGAACCUGGAGAUGUACGAGGCUGUGACAUCCCCCCAGGGCCCAGCCAUGACCUGGAGCAUGUUUGCGGUGGGCUGGAUGGAGUUGAAGGACCCGUUGAGGGCACGAAGGCUUCUGGACAGGAGUUUUGCCAAUGUCACUGAGCCCUUCAAGGUGUGGACGGAGAAUGCCGAUGGGUCGGGGGCAGUGAACUUCCUGACAGGCAUGGGGGGCUUCCUGCAGGCAGUACUCUUCGGAAGCACAGGCCUCAGGGUCACCAAGGCCGGCAUGACCUUUGACCCCCUGUGUCCAGCGGGGCUCUCCGGAGUGUGUGUCUCUGGCAUCUCCUACCAGGGGAACAAGCUCAACUUUGUCAUCUCCGAGGACUCCGUGACAGUCGAGGUCACGGCCCAGGCUGGGCCCUGGGCCCCUCUGUUGGAGGCUGAGCUCUGGCCAUCACAGGUUCGGCUGCCUCUGCUGCCAGGACACAAGGCCUCCUUUCCCCACUCAGCUGGCCGCAUACAAAGAUCACGCCCCUAGCUGCCUGAAGCGCUGACUCCAGGAAUUUCCUGGGAGAAGAUUUGAAGACCUGAGACGCCUGCUCCAGAGCCUCUGGGACAUCCUGGAGCCCUCAGCCCCCCAGGCCCUCCCCCUGGAGCCCUGCCCCGGAAUGACUAGGGCUGCUGGCUUCAGAAAUGUCUCCUGAACCCCACUUUUCAUCACUGCCCCCUGCUCCUCGCCCAACCCUCCCCCAGUCCCAGGCUGUCUGUGGCUUGAGCCCCUCCCCAGCCUCGACUCCAUGGGCAGGCACUUUUCCACACCUCAUCUGACCUGGCACCCCGUCUCUCAGUGCCCCAUCUGGCUCCCCAGGCACUCUCCAGGGCCCCUGCAGCCAGGGCCUGAGUGUCCACACUCACACCCACCUGGACUCUGGUCACAGGGCCCGUGAGGGGAGUCCCUGGCAGGGUGAGGGUGAGGAGGCAGGGGCUCUACCCCUGCGCAGUUGCCCAGGACUGUCAGCUACCGCUUUCCCAGAAUCCCCUCAGUGCAGCUGUGGUCAGGCUGGACCAGGGGUGCACGGGUGUCGUCACUGACUCCUCUCGACUCCAUGUCAGAUGGCCUCUGGCCCUGUGGGGUGGGGUGGGCAGCCCGUCCUCAACCCCAUGGCCUGUGAGAAGGGAAGGGGGUGCCACUGCUGGAGGAUAGGACUGGGGUGCCAGAGCAAGACCCUCAGCACCCCACUGGCCACYAGAGGGACUAGAUCAAAUGUGCUGGGUCCCAGGCCUUGAUCCCAGGCCAGGCUKCGAUCGGCUGUUCACAGACAGAGAUUCUGCCUGGCAGCAGCUCCCACACCCUCCAGCCUGGGGUGGCUCACCAGUGACUUCCUAGAACGGGGUGAGAUGGCAUCUGGAGCUGAGACACUGGUGAGGUCCAGACCCGGCACCGGACAACCUGCAGAGUCCAGUCAGUGCUGGGAAGAGCUUGCUCCU